GAGGGACCAUUUCCUCUUGUUGGAGGCCUGUGCUUGCAUAGAGAGUAGAGGUUAGUCAGCGCGGGGACAUUAUUUUAAUAAUAUAACUGAGAUACAACUAUAUCUGUGGAAAUCAACACAGAGCAGCUUCUUUCUGACUCGGUGCUGUACCGGGAGCGCGCGGCACGUUGUUUAUUAUUCAUUAGCGUUGUUGAUUAAUUAUAAAUAUCACUCAGAAUCGCAGAGAGAACAUUUUAUCUAAAAAAUCGACUUUAUUGAUAUUCUUUGUUUCUGCAAUACUGUGGCUCGAUUUCUGGAGAGAAACGAUAUAUUUUGUAAUUACAAAUAUUAUUUGUUCAUUAAGAUCCGCUGUAGCCGUUGUGUUCAUUAAUGGACUAGCAACCCAGACGUAGCAUCUUGAACACGGAGCUGGUAUCCACUUCUAUCUACACCCGAAGGAAAGGAAUUACAAACCGCUUCAAAAAAGGCAAUACAAGGAAAUAACAACUUGGAUGAAUGAAUGAUAGCUGAUAGAAGAUAAGGCAUGUUCAGAAAUAUCUGCGUACCCGGGGCAACCCAGUCUCCAGAGCAAGUUGAGGAAGGUGUCUCAUUUUGAAGGAGGUCCUGCUCUGAUGGUACCAGGUGACUUGUGACUGGCGUGAGGAGGAACCCACUUCCCAAUCGACUUCACUAUGUCUGGGAUUCAGACCACAUGGCCUGCUGGCACUGAAUGCAUAGCCAAGUACAACUUCCAGGGCGAUGCCGAGCAGGACCUGCCGUUCAGCAAAGGAGACGUCUUAACCAUCAUCGAAGUCACCAAGGACCCAAACUGGUACAAAGCGAAAGACAUUGUGGGGAGGGAAGGCAUCAUCCCAGCAAACUACGUGCAGAAAAGGGAAGGAGUGAAAUCAGGGAGCAAGCUCAGCCUCAUGCCCUGGUUCCAUGGGAAGAUCCCGCGGGAGCAGGCAGAGCGGCUCCUCUACCCCCCCGAGAUCGGCCUCUUCCUGGUCCGCGAGAGCACCAACUACCCCGGAGACUACACGCUGUGCGUGAGCUGUGAGGGGAAGGUGGAGCACUACCGCAUCAUCUACCAUGACGGCAAGCUGUCAAUCGAUGAGGAAGAGUACUUUGAUAACCUCAUGCAGCUCGUCGAGCAUUACACCACAGAUGCAGACGGACUGUGUACUAAACUGAUCAAACCCAAACUCAUGGAAGGGACAGUGGCUGCUCAAGAUGAAUUCUCCAGAAGUGGCUGGGCUCUCGUUAGAAAGGAUCUCAAGCUGUUGCAGCCCAUAGGGAAAGGGGAGUUUGGAGAUGUGAUGCUGGGAGACUACAGAGGGAAUAAGGUGGCUGUGAAGUGCAUCAAGCAUGACGCCACCGCCCAGGCCUUCAUCGCUGAGGCCUCCGUCAUGACGCAACUCCGACACAAUAAUCUGGUGCAGCUCCUGGGGGUGAUAGUGGAGGAGAAGGGCGGUCUCUUCAUAGUUACAGAGUACAUGGCCAAGGGCAGUCUGGUGGAUUACCUGCGGUCUAGAGGGAGGUCUGUGCUGGGUGCAGACUGUCUGCUGAAGUUCUCACUCGAUGUGUGCGAGGCCAUGGAGUACCUGGAGGCCAACAACUUCGUCCACCGAGACCUGGCGGCACGCAAUGUCCUUGUUUCUGAGGACAACAUCGCCAAAGUGAGCGACUUCGGACUUACCAAAGAGGCCUCUUCCACCCAGGACAUGGGCAAGCUGCCUGUCAAGUGGACAUCCCCGGAAGCACUGCGGGAAAAGAAAUUCUCCACAAAGUCUGACGUGUGGAGCUAUGGAAUUCUCCUGUGGGAGAUCUACUCCUUCGGCCGAGUGCCUUACCCCAGGAUUGCCCUCAAGGACGUGGUCCCGCGGGUGGAGAAGGGCUACAAGAUGGAUGCCCCAGACGGCUGCUCCCCCGUGGUGUAUGACAUCAUGAAGCAGUGUUGGAUCCUAGACCCGCUGGUCCGGCCCAGCUUUCGAGUCCUGAGGGAGAAGAUGCAGCACAUCCAGGCCAAGGAGCUGUACCUGUGAGGUGGGAGCCAGAGCGAGAGGGAGGGGGGGGGCUGCUCGAACUCAGGAGGAGAAAUCCAAGCAGCCUCUGGAUCACUUCAUUGAUGAAGCCUCCUGAACUCUAUAUCCCAGGCUCUCUCAUAGGGGAGGGAGGGGCUGGCACCUUUUCUUCCACGUUCAGUACGAAUAUGUGUUGCUUAAAUUAAUUCUACUGUAUUUGAUGAGACCCUCCCCCUCUCCUUGUGUUAGUGUAAAAUCUCCAGUCCCAGCAUGCUUCAUCCCCUCCUGCUGCCAGUCCUUGUGGUCGAUACGCUGUGUGCAGAAGUGCCUCCAGACCGCAGACACCACUGCAGUAUUGCAUUGCUGUCCGGGACACGCCCCUUUUUUAUUUCCUGUAUGGAUUCUUUUUAAUUUUUUUUUAUGGUUAUUAUUAUUGCUGUUAUUAUUGUUGUUGUGUUUUUGGCUCGUUUCUCUGUCCUCCCUUCUUCGACACAGACUUACUGAGUUGUCCACUUAUCAAAGAAAAAUGUGCAUCAGCCAGCCCUUUUACUAUGCUCAAAAAAUAAUAAAUCAAAUGUGGGGGAAAACGUUUAAUUAAGAACAUGGGGUUUCUUAAAUAAAUAAAUAAAAGUAAAUAGGAGGACCAAAAAACCAUGUUCACAUGUUAAGCCGGGGUGGUUUGCAUGUGUGUGGGAGGCCUUGGUUCACUGUCUGUGUUACUCUUGUUUGUUUUUAUGAAUAUAAAUAAACCAUUCCAUCUGACCAGUUUGAAAAAGA